CUCUCUUUUCCCUGGCAUCGAUGCUGGCCACCAAUUCAGCACGGAGAGUGAAAGCAGGAGAGAGGGGGAACGAGAGAGAGAAAGAGAGAGUUUAAACAGAACAGGGGAAAAAAACAGCUUUCUCUUUUUGCUCUAAACCUCCUUCUGAAAAAAAAUCAUCUUGUUUUCUGUUAAACCUUUAUUUUUCUCCCUCCUUUCAUUUUGUUAUUUUCUAUUUUUUUUAUAUAUUUAUAUGUAUCUAUAGAUAUCUUUAGUAUUAACACAUAGCAAGAAAUUUUCUUUUUUAUUUUUUUUUCCCCUUAAUAUACCGUUCUUCUUCCGGAUGCCUUUUAGUUUUCUUUGUUGCGGUCUUUCCACCUGGAACUUUGAGUUCAUUCAUCUUCUGUUUUUAGGCCUUUGAAGUUAAUAACUUUAUAAGUAUUAUUAUUAUUACUACCAUCUUUAUAUAUUUUUUCUCUCCUAAUUAGGAUAUCUGUUUACAUUGCAGUCAUGUUUUUUUCUAAUCCAUCCAUUUAGGAAUAGAAUUCUGUGCUCUAUAUAUAUAAACAUUUCCACACAUUCAUGAUCUUAGGCUUAAUUUCUCUUUUCAUCUCUAUCAUAAUUAUUUUUCGUUAUUUACCCAUCCGCCCUGUGCUCGCUCUCUCUCUCUCUCCAUAACUCCGAUGAGCUCCGAAUUUGGAUGGUUUUAAAUUUCUACAGGAGUUCGAUAUGACACCAAGAGAUGGAUGAAUUUCACCCCUUCAUUGAAGCUCUCCUUCCCCAUGUACGUGCAUUCUCAUACACGUGGUUCAAUCUUCAGGCAAGGAAGCGCAAAUACUUUAAGAAGCACGAGAAGCGGAUGUCAAAGGACGAGGAGAGAGCAGUGAAGGACGAGUUAUUGGGGGAGAAGCCUGAGAUCAAGCAGAAGUGGGCGUCACGGCUCUUGGCCAAGCUGAGGAAAGACAUCCGGCCUGAAUUCCGAGAGGACUUUGUCCUGACCAUCACCGGGAAGAAGCCUCCAUGUUGUGUCCUCUCCAAUCCAGAUCAGAAGGGCAAAAUUCGGAGGAUUGACUGCCUCCGCCAGGCAGAUAAAGUGUGGAGGUUGGACCUGGUGAUGGUCAUCCUGUUUAAGGGGAUUCCGCUGGAGAGCACAGACGGGGAACGUCUCUAUAAGUCACCCCAGUGCUCCAACCCAGGGCUGUGCGUUCAGCCUCAUCACAUUGGGGUGUCCAUCAAAGAGCUGGACCUCUACCUGGCCUUCUUUGUCCACACGCCUGAUUCCGGGCAGUCAGAUAAUGCAAACCAGCAGACAGAGGUGGACAUAAAGCCACCACCAAAUGGACACCUCACCUUCCAGGAUUGCUUCGUCACCUCGGGAGUGUGGAAUGUCACUGAGCUCGUCCGAGUGUCCCAGACACCCGUCGCAACGGCAUCUGGUCCGAACUUCUCAUUGGCUGAUCUGGAGAGCCCAAGCUAUUACAAUAUAAACCAAGUGACCCUUGGUCGGAGGUCAUUAACCUCCCCUCCAUCCAGCAGCUCUACAAAGCGUCCAAAGUCUUUGGACGACAGUGAGUUAGAGAGUCCGGUUGAUGACGUGUUUUACCCAGGUACAGGCCGGUCACCUGCAGCCGGGGGGAGCCAGGCCAGCGUGUGGCAGAAUGAUGUGGACACAGGACCUGGGUCUCUUAAGAAGUCAGGCAAGCUAGAAUAUUGCCAGACCAGCUCUUCUCGCAUGGCAUUCACCCACCACCCCCUCCCUGUGCUGGCUGGAGUGAGACCAGGGAGUCCCAGGGCAUCAGCAUCUACUAUUCACUUUCCUUCGACGUCCAUUAUCCAGCAGUCCAGCCCUUACUUUACCCACCCAACAAUACGCUACCAUCAUCACCACCACAGCCAGGACUCCCUCAAAGAGUUUGUUCAGUUUGUCUGCUCAGAUACCUCUGGACAGGGAGCAGGGCAGCCCAGCAGCGGGGCCCAGGGGAAAAUGUCGGGUUCCUUUUUGCUGCCACCCCCUGCACCCGUGGCCAGGCCUGUCCCCCUUCCCCUGCCAGACACAAAACCAGUCACAAGCAACAACACUGUCCUAGAAGGAGGACUUUCAGCGCCAGCAUCGCCCUCAUUCUCAGCGCCUCCCCCCGCCGGGUCCAACAGGUUUGUCACAAUUGGAUCACGAGACAGCAACUUUCUGAAUCUCCCCCAGCAGUCUCAAUCCUGGUUCCUUUGAUAUUACCGCCAAGCUGCAAAUCUACGAGCGGAUGGAACAAAGAUUUGUGACACAGGCCCCCACCCUCCAUAUACACACUUGACUUCAGGAGGUCUUCCCCAGAGCAAGCCCGGAACACUAGGACCUUCUCACAACGCGUAUGACAGAAAAAAAAGGCUGUUUCUAGGGGCAGAACUUUUUUCAAUGUCUGCGCUUCUUAACACCCUCUGGUAGUGAAGGGAAAAUGCCACUCCCUUUCCACCCCUUACUGCUCAUCCCUGUUAAUUUUGUCUUGUCAAUGCUUGCCCACCUCUCAUACCCCAUCCUCACUUCUACAGAUUCAACAGUUUACGAAAAAGGAUCAGGGUGUUUGUACCUCCUUCUGUAAAGUAAAAAUUUAAAAAUAAGGAGGAAUUUAUGACCUUGUGGUCUAUUCCUCUCACUAUAGGGUGAUACAUUGAUACAGACAGGAGGGAGUUUUACAUAUGGCGUCUGUCCUCACCACAGGGUUCCCUAUUGACUUUUUUGAGGAAUAUAUCCCUCUAGCAAACAUCACUAAUUUAUCACCACUUGUUUCUGGUUAUUUGGGGGUGAUAUAAAUGAUUUUGCAAUGCAGAAACAAUAACUUACUUUCAUUUGUGUUCCAUAAAGCAAAAAAAAAAAAAAACAGUAUAAAACAAUUUGUUCCAAGCAAGUUAAAGAACACAAAUUACUUGGUUUUCAUGGGCUUAAUGGCAAGGGACAAUUACACAACUUCAAACACUUAAGUGCAAUGGUUUAAAAUUAGGUUAGAACUUUUUUUAAGGUUACUAUUUAAAAGCACGAAUACAUUUCCUUUUUCUUUUUUUAAGACAAAAAAAAUAUUUUUCUUUUCUUUUUCAGAAAGUCCUUUAAUUUCCCAGUGGACUCUAAAAAUAUAAAUUGGGAAAUCUGUCUGUCUACAGACAUUAACAUUUUUUGGGAUUUUUUUUUCUUGCACUAAAGAUUUGAAAUCUUGUUAUUAUCGUUUCUGUGUUUGCAUCUGUAUUACCCAUUGCACUAUUUCUUUUACAAGUUCUUUGUAAAAAAAAAAAUCAAAAACAUUAAAUGUUUGACAAAAAAAUGCAGCAGAAUAGCAAUUAUAUUAAAACUGUUAUUAUGUAUCAUAUUGGUGGGGAAAAAAUCCAAUGUUUUUUUUUCUUUUAUCAGAAUUUGCAGAAUCCAAAAAUAAAUCAGAUUAAUAGAAUUUGGCAAAACUGUUUCAUGCAAUAUGUGACUAUGGAAGUGAAAUUUGGCAUUUUUAAAGUCUGAUUGAUGACUUUAAAAAAAUGAUUUUAUUAUAUGAACGAUAACAACUUUAUACAUUUACACAUAUUUGAUUCAGAAUAAAAUGUAUGACUGUAUAUUUAAUAUACCAUGGUGUAUAUUUCAUGCACAAAUAAUUUUGAAUAAUUUACAAAAAAUUGCCAGAUUAAUUUAAAAAAAUGUUUUACCUUCCCAAGGCUGUUGCAACUGUUUUACUCUGCACAACACUAUUAACAUCUGACUAUAUGUUUGCCAAAUUUUAACUUCUCAUAGAUAAGGGGACAAUAUCGUGUCUGCUGUUUUUUGCAUAUUUGUCAAUCCUUUUAUAUGAUUUAUUUUGAGAACUGCUGAAAAAUAUACUAAUCUGCUGCUGGUAAACAACUAUAUUUAAUGAGUGGAUGUAAGAUUUUUGGGACGAAAUUAAAAAAAAAAUCUUUAUCCCUUAGGUGCUUUGCUUUUAUUUAAAGACCACAUCUGAAACCAACAUUAAAGCAUGAUGCACUUUUUUUCUUUUAGUUUGCCCACUUUUUAUAGGAAUUUUUUAGGGUGUGUGUGUGUAGGGUGGGGUGUUAGGGGAUGCAGAAAGCUGUAAAUGGCCGUUUGUAGAAAAAGAGGCUACUAUUUUACUCUGCACGUUAAUGUGUUUCAAAUCCUUCAAAUAAUUGGAAUUUUAAGAUGGUUUUAGUAUAUGGUAGGGAGUGCCUUAAACAUUUGUUUGGAACUGGAAUUGGAAUAUUCUAUAUUAAGAGGGAUUUGUCCCAACUGGAAAUGUUCCCUUAAACUCUCCCAGCAAGAGGGUAUCAUGUUUGAAUUUAAUACCAGCCUGCAUAGUGCCUUUCUAUAAUUUUGUAGUGGUGAUGUGAGGAGGAGCUGGGAUUUUGAAAAGGGAUUAGCAUGUCCGCCCCUAAUAAAAACUUAAAGAAACAAAAAGUAAGCUAGAUUUUUUUUGGCUAUUACAGCAUACAUAAUAUGUAUAUAACAGCAGCUUACAAUUCUCUGUCCAGCAUUUAAUGAUGAAAUGGUCUUAUAAAGCAAUAGUGAUCUAUUUCUACUUAAAAUGCACUUGUCAUGCCAACUCUGUUGUAAACAUUAACAAGACUUUCAUAAUGCUUCAGUAAAAUGGCUAGGAAUUACAUUUUAGGCACAUCAAUAAUAGUCACACAGAAAUAUUAAAAUUGUAUUAACUUUUUUUUUAAAUAAAUGUCCUAAUAAUAGGACCAUGUGCUUGACCUAUGCCACAUUACCUGACAAAGGACAGGUGCCUUAUUGAUUCAAGGUUUUUUUUCUCACAAAUAUUAUGCUGCAGGUAAAAUCGAUAAGCAGUGCCCCUUUUCUGCAAUAUAAAUGACCCUAAUAAUACUUAAAAAUUAGAUCAGUCCCCCUAAAUUCACCCAGGAUCUCAGUUAUUCUUACUGCAUGCCAGUAUUUCUUUAAAAUAUUUAGCUUUUUGCUGUCUGAUGUCCAAAAUUAUUGUGAUAUAUGAGUAAUAAUGCUCAGAUCAUUCUCUCUGGGAUACCAAGGGAAACCCAUUAAGAGGGGAACAAGGGUUGUAAAUUCAGGUAACAAUUUUUACUGACAUUGUUUUUAGCAUAUAUAGCUGAAGGAGAACAUGAAUUGCAAUUAGGUUCAUAUCUCCUAUAUAAUGUUAAAAACAUUAAAUUUCACUUGUUCUAUAGUGCUAGUCAGGGUUGGACUGGCCCACAGGGGUACAGGGGAAACCACCGGCGGGCCCUACUGCCUGGGGGGCCCCACCUCCUCCUCUAGGGAUCAGGUUCCAGACUGUGCUGUUACUAAUCUAGUACAUUAUCAUGCAUGCACUACAGUAUUUACUGUAUAUAUUUAACUAGGAGACCAACACUUGCAAAAUGGUUAGGCAAAACCAAUGUGGUGGCUGGGCACACCCCCUCUAGAGACUGGCCACAUCCCUAAACAUGGGCCCCUACUAUUGUACUACUUCACCCGGUGGGCCCUACAUGCCCCAGUCCAACACUGGUGCUAGUAAGAUGUCUAUUUUUUUCUGACAGAUUAAAAUGUGACUUUAAUAUCUGUCAGUAAAUUUAGUUAUAGCAACAUUGAGGAGAAAAACAUUUUUUAAAAAGCCUAUUAAAUCCUACCGCUGAAAUAAAUUGCAAACAAUAAUUUCAAAUAAUUUUAGAUAUGUCAUUCAAAUUUUAAUUUUAGUAAGACCACUUCACUUAAUUUUACAUUUCUGUUUUUGACUGGCAACCCAGUGCCACUGGUAAACAGUUAUAGAUUUUCUUGAUUGCUUUCACAAUAUAAUACCCAUACUUCCUCAGUGUAUAGCAUUGCCUGACAAGUGCACUUUAAGCUCAAAAUAAAAUACAAAAGAAAAAAAAGGGAUUGAAUAAAAUAAAUGUACUUGACGGCAGAUAGGCUAACAAAAAUAAAUAAAUAAAUAAAUAAAUAGCCAAAUGAUUGAAGUAAAACAAAUGUGUUGAAAAAAGUAGGUAUUUUCUUUAAUUGUCAAGCAGUAGUAAACCUUUGUGGACAAAGGGUAACACUGACUACAAAUAAGGCCAUCAUUAGCGCUCUGUUCCCUUCAGAAGGUACAAGGUUCUUGUAGCUCUUGUGAAAGUCAAUAAAUAUAUAUAUAUAUAUAUAUAUAUAUAUACAAUUACAUUGCAUAUUUAGAAUGGAAAUCCCUCUUUCCCUCAUUUGUUAUUUGACUCAUAUUCCCCUUUACUAUUACCUUUCCUUUCAUCCUAAACAUAUUACCACUGUGUACGCUCCACCGCUCUCUACAGAAUGUGUAAAUGGAAUGCUUGUUGUCAGUAUAGCGCCCUCUUCUGUAAAAUUGUCCCUAUGACCUUUUUCCUCACUCAUCUACUUUUUUACCCCUAAACUCAUCUAUCGGUCCCAUCCACUCUUUUAUUCUGAAAUACUAUAUCCCAUUAAUCACUCUCACCUUUUUCACCAACUCAGUUUUCUAUAACCUUGCUCUCAUUCUUCUCUCAGCACUUAUUAUCUAUACCCACCCCCUAAUAAUCUAAGCCCCUCCCCUAACUUUUAUCAUCCGCUCUCAUUUCAGUGCUUCCCUCCUUCCCCUGCUUUUUAUUCACCCUCUCUCCCGUCUCCCUACUCUCUGUGUAUUUUAGCCCUGCUUGAAAUAUUAUCAGUUUUAUUUUUUUUAUACGUUUUUUAAUCCCCCUCGUACCUAAAUCGCGUCAGCCCACCCCUGCCCAGUAUCCAACCCUACCCCUGUGCUUCCCUAUUGGAUGGCUAUUAUUAUGUGUAUGUGAAAUAAAAUCAUUUCCUGGAAGUAAA